CCGAGGGGGCGGCGCGGAGACAGGGGCGGCCGUGGCCCCGCCCGGGUGCGGCCCGGCCCUGCCCUGCCCUGCCCUGCCCUGCCCUGCCGCGUCGAGGGCGGGGAGCGGAGGCUCCGCAGUAGCCGCGGCUGCAGCGCCGGCGCCGAUGCCUGCUGCAGGGGCCCGGCAGGGAAGAUGGCGCCGUCCCACGUCCUCAAGUGCUGCCAGCGCGUGCUGGCCUGGGUGCCCGUGGCCUUCAUCGCCCUGGUCGUGGCCUGGUCCUACUACGCCUACGUGGUGGAGCUGUGCGUGUUCACUAUUACUUCAGCUGGAGAAAAAGUUGUCUACCUUGUGGUUUUUCAUCUGUCGUUUGUCAUGUUUGUAUGGUCCUAUUGGAAGACAAUUUUUACACCUCCCGCUUCCCCCUCCAAUGAGUUUUGUUUGUCAAAAGCUGAUAAAGAACAAUAUGAAAGAGAAGAGAGACCAGAAUCCCAGCAAGAAAUUUUGCGAAGAGCUGCUAAAGACUUGCCUAUCUAUACCACAACAGCAUCAAGGGCCAUCAGAUAUUGUGAUCGAUGCCAACUCAUCAAACCUGAUCGCUGUCACCACUGUUCUGCAUGUGAUGUAUGUGUACUAAAAAUGGACCAUCAUUGUCCUUGGGUGAAUAACUGCGUGGGAUUUUCUAACUACAAAUUCUUCCUCCUGUUUUUAAUGUACUCCUUACUAUACUGUCUGUUCGUUGCUGCUACAGUCUUGCAGUACUUUAUAAAGUUUUGGACAAAUGAACUGCCAGACACGCAGGCGAAAUUCCAUGUACUUUUCCUUUUCUUUGUGGCUGCCAUGUUCUUCAUCAGCAUACUAUCACUUUUCAGCUACCACUGCUGGCUAGUUGGCAAAAACAGAUCAACAAUAGAAGCAUUCCGUGCACCCACAUUUCGAAAUGGCCCUGACAAAAAUGGCUUCUCUCUUGGAUGCAGUAAAAAUCUGAGAGAGGUUUUUGGAGAUGAAACAAAGUAUUGGUUGCUACCUAUUUUUACAAGCUUGGGUGAUGGCUGUAAUUUUCCAACUCGCCUGGUGAUAAUGGAUCCAGAGCAACUUACUGUCUCAAGUCAAAACGAACCUGCCAAAAGCUCUGGAACCAGUCAGCCCUUUCCUGCUAAGCCACUCAGCGAGUCACAGAAUCGAUUGCUGGCCAGUGAAAGUCAGUGGGCAGAAAGUGGCUCUGAAGAAGAAAAUGUUAAAUCAGGUGCAAAAAAGCAUAUUAUAGUUUCAAUGGAAAGCUGAUCUUAACCUGUUACUGGCCAACUAUCUCAAUGAGAAAGGGUUUUUGCAACACAUUUGUGCUUGAAUAUUAAUUUUGUUCAGAAGAUGUCCAGUAAUAUGGAACAGUGCACACGUUACAGAAGAUACAUGAAAAAAUAAGUUUUUGUACAGUACAAUGGAUGCUUGUAAGCACUACUGCAGAGCAGGGAAGUAAGACAGAUGCCUUAAUGUGUGUUUAUGCAACAUUGAAUUCUGUAAUGCUACCAAAGGGUCAAAUCCUGAAGUAUCCUGUAUGGAUGCCCAUGGCCCAAACAGAGUGGACACUAUGCAUUUCUGCUAUGUUCUGAUGGUAGGGAUAGGUCCGCAGAAAACUCAAGCAGACCCCAUCCCACUGUGCACUGCAGAAGCUACUUCCACAGCAAGUCUGCAGCAUGCCAAGAAAGGGAAAAGUAGAUGUGUUGUCCACAAACGGGCCAAUGAGUCUGCACAGUGUAGAUACAUGUGGCCCAAACAUCGGGUGGGAGGAGAACAGGAUGGUGUAUCCUUUCCUCUUCCUAGUACCCAGCAGCAGAUGGUCACAAGCUGCCUACCCAUUACCCUGGUUCUGUAACCCUCAUGGGGCUUGAGAUUUCUCCCUUUAGCCCUUCUUUGUUGCAGCACAAUGCCAAGCAGGUAAACCCCCUCUACUUGGGCUUUGCUUGUUUGAUUUAGGAUUGGGCCCUUAGUCAUUUUACUUUAAUUUUGUUAAUUGUAUUAGGAAUGUAACGUAAGCUGCAUACAUAUGUUCAAGUGAUCAGGGGUUUCUGUGGUAGAAAAACUUACUCAAAGACCCUAAACAGACAUUCCAAUGCAGUUGCUGAGCAGCCAAGGAACCCUUGUGCACACAUCUUGGGCUCCUACCUGGUGACAAAUAACAGCGCACAAGGCAACCUUGAUUGAGUGACCCAAAUUGUCUUGUAGGCUGCAUCUCAGUGCAGCUGCUUGGCUGGAGCAGUAGAAUCCAGCCUGAGUGACACACUGUUUCCCUGGACCCAUGGGGGCUGGGAACAAAGCACACUGGAAUGCUAGAGGAUCCUACAGCUGCAGCUUCUCUUCGAAGGUACACGUACAGAAGUUCACUCUCACAAGAGAAACUCCCAGGAGCAAUUUAACCAUGGUUGUUCCCAGUUUAUUUUUCUCUUAGAGCAGCCAUUUUUGUUGAGAGAGAAAAAACCUCAAUGUUUAUACUCCUGAUUUCUGCUGGGAGAGAGAAGUGGCUCUCUGUUUAGAAACUGAAUGUCUGUACAUGGCCUUAGUCAAAUGAAUUUUCUUUUAGACCUAUUUUACCUGGAUAAUAAUACUACUUGCCUCUCAACACAAAAAGUUUGCCAAUCCAAAAUGAACUAACAAACCAGCUUAUUUUUCUCUGGUGGGUGCAGAAUGGUCUUGCAAGCCAGUAAUAGAAGGGCAAGAUACUAGUAGCAGCAGAAACCAGAUUGCAGUUGUGUAAUGUACUAGAAAAUAGAAUUGGAGAAUACUGCUUUAUAUAUUGGACUAUUGCUGGUUUGUGAACACUUGUUUUAUACUUUUUGUUUUACCUUUUUAAAUAAAAACAAAGGGUUUUUUAUUGUUGGUUCUAAAGUACCAUUUACAUGGAGUUUGAGUAUCUGAUGAAACCUUAAAUGACGAAUCAUACAUGUAUUUAAUCCAUUGAAAGUUCAUUGUGUGCUAUGCUCUGUUAUUUUAACUUCUAUUUUAAGUGAUGGCAACUGAAAAAGAUGAACUUUGGUGCUUUAUGAAAUGCCGUACUUCAUGAAAGAUGAGAGAUUUUUCUUAGAUGGGGAAUAAAGUUCAUCCAAAGCUCAAGACCUGCAGUAAACCAAACAAACCCACAUAUCUUAUUUUUGGAUAGAAAAGCUAGUGCUAGAUACUUUGCAGUGGUCUAGACACUGCACUCAGCAACAUUUUCACAAAUACUCCUUUCCUUUCCAUUUCUUCUUCAAUAUAUGGUGAACCAGUGCCAUAGCCCUCUUAAAACUGACUGGAAGGCAGGUGAGCUGCUGAUCAGAGAGAACAAAGCUGAAGGAACCUAUCUAUUGAGUUAACUUCCUGAAUUGAUUAUUUCUAUGGCUAAUUGUAUCUAGAUCCAUAUGGAUAUAGAUAUAUGCACGUUUAAGUUAAUAUACAGCAGUUUUGCCUUUGAAAAAAACCUCAAAUCACCUCUGAAAUUUAAAAUUUUAUCUCUUCCUUAAAAAUGCUCCUUAAGAGGGAGAGAAUAAAUUUGAGCCUACAAAUGUUCCUGUGAAAUUAAUGGUCCCAAUUUGAAACUUUCAUAAACUUUGCAGCGUGUUGCAGCAAACUCUUUCCUUGUAUACAAGGGAACAUCUGCCAAGUUCAGCAUCCACAAGAACAUCAGUAUGUCUUCCCUUAAACUACUUUUUUCCUCCCCCUCAAAUAUUGUGUCUGUCUCAUCAGAGAUUGGCAGUCUCUGCUUAGCUAAAAAGAAAAAAAAAGCCUCCAGAUUUCAGUUAUGUUAACAUGUUGAGUUUGGAAAGUUACAGCCUCAGGAGCUCCUCCACUAAGAUACCUUCUGGCAUGGGGUGUCUGUACUGGGUUGAGAAACAGAAGACUUCGAUUUCAAAGCACCUUUUGCACCAACUGGUGCGAAGGCUGUGAUUGUGCUCAAGAGUUUUAUAAUUCUGGAGGAAAUCCUGCAUUUACCUGACCUGAUCACUUCCGUCUUAGGAAGAGGUAACUGAAGAACUGGGGAGGUUGCACAGGCUAAUUUCUGGCAAAGUUGGGAACAGAACCCAGAUCUGUACUAGAGCAAAGCUUCCUACUCGCCAGUACUGCCUGUUUCUAAGGACUGGCCUGAACACCAUCCUGCCUGGACUGUUCAGUUUAUACCAGCAUAAAUGUGUCCAUCUGUGGCAAGAGUUUAGCAGCAGUUUAACUGGAGUCAUCAGCUAUUAGAACACCACUAAAGCAUGCACUGGCAGGACCUGCCACCAGCCUGCCUGGUGUGCAGUACAUGCCAGAGCAAUGGCAACUAAAAGAGAAGUCUUUUAAGGGUUGCUUCACUUUGUUUGUUUUCCUGAAUCAACCAACUGAAGGAAAACAAAGCUGUUACUUCAAGGUUAUAUUCUAGAGCAGGGCUGUCCAGCUCAUUUGAGUUAGCAGGAAGGAUCCAGACUGGUGAUUCUUGUGGCCAGUCUACCCCCAGCAGCAGAGCAUGCAGCUGUGGCAUUAAAUCUUGUGUACUGACCAUGCCCCCACCACUUGCCCUGUUGUCAAAAGUAUUUGUAAUGGGGAUCUCAACCUGGAAAUUGUGCAGCAGGGUGACUAGUGGUAGUUUUAACCCCAAGUGCUGGUCCUGCCAACACAGCAACUCUGGUAGUCACAGGGGUUAACCCCACUGCUGCUUACCCUGCCUCAAAAUUUCUGGCCAUCCAACAGGCUGCAAUUUUACCACUGAUAAGGCCACAUGUCACCUAUAAGCCUCCAUUUGGACAGCACUGCUCUAGAGCAAGUUUGGUAUAUCUGUUUUAUAUUGGAACAAUUUACCUAGAUUCACAGAAGCUUAGGGCUGGAAGGGACCUUGUGAGAUCACUGAGUCUAGCCCCCCUGCUGGGGUCAAAGACUUAUACUGGAACAAUUUUUUUUUUAGAAUAAGCUUUGGUCCCAUUUAAUUUAGAAAAUCAAUCCUCUGCUGUGUCUUGAUUUCUGAGCCACUCUAGUGUAAAGUAGUACAAAAAUUUUGUGGAAACAAGCUUUCAUAGAUUAAGCCCACAUUUUUUGUUGAGUGGUCUCCAAAGGCCUGUGGUUUUUCUUUUACAUCUAGAUAAGGCACAAUGAACUGAAAUUUCCAUAAAGAACUAGUGCCAUUUCUGGUGCCUGUAGAUCUUUGAGUACCAUAGAUAGGGACCUACCUAAUUCAUGGAGGCUGCCUCCAUAUUUCAUGGUCCCACCAUGGUGUUGGACAUAAUUUUUGUGGUGUAGCAUGGCAGGGGCGCCUCCCAUGCCUCUAGCCAAGUGAACCUGGAAGUCCUGCACCUCCCCAGAGAUUGACAGGUCGCCAUCUAUAAAUCUGGGGAGGAGCAAGACUUCCAGAGCCCCUCAAUGAAUCUCCACCCCCCACCCUGCCCUUUUCUGUUUGUAGCUGCCUUUUCCCCUCUCCCCCUAGCUGACUGGCUGCUGCUUUCCUGCUUUUUUGAAAGGACCAGGGUUUUUUGUGGGGGACCUACCAAAUUCAUGGUUUCCAAAAAAUCAUGAAUUUGGUAGGCCCCUAAUCAUAGGCACUCUCAUGCUGCAGAUAACAGCACCCUCUUGAGUUGGAUGAAGCAGGGGUUGUCCUUUGAGGUUAAAGCAUCUAUCUGGAAAUCCACUCUCUGUAACAGUGUAAAAUUAAGGAAUCUCCCCUCUGAAUAUAGUCAUCAUUGCUGGAGAACAGAUUGGCACAAGGAAGGCUAGUUCAGUGGAAGUAUUAUGAAAAUAAAGGUUCAAAAGGUAGCCAUGGGUGACAUAUUGAGUUCACUAGCCAAAUUGGUGCCUGUCACCAGGGUGAGGAGUAGGCUACCCCAUUUUUGCUGUCCUCUUUUGGGGGUGGGGAACAGGCUGCGGCAUGUAACUGGUAUCCAGCUGAGAUCAAGGCUAUCAAUGUUAAAGCAGUUCUACUGGCAGUCCCUUAGUUAUAAAAGCAAGGGCACUGUUGCUGUCAGGGGAAGUGGGGGGGGAAAGCUGGAGGGCAGAGAAGGUGAGUCGGUAAUAACACCAUGUUUGGUAAGGAGGGAAGGAAAAUAAGUCUGGCUGCUAUUCUGCAAACUAUUUUCAAGUGUUAUCAACAGAAGCAGGACUUGGAAUAGGUGUUAACCAGUGUGUACAUGCCUUCAGCCCAGGCAUCCCUGUUGAACAGCUCAGAGGCUUCCAGUCACACCCAGCCCACCCUUCCAGGAUCACUUGGUGUUUUCUCCAGAUAAUGUUAUUUUUAUAAACCUGUUCCACAUCUGCAAAUACAGAAACACUGGGGUUGUAGGCAAGUAAUGGCAACAUACGUAAGCCUUCAGGCCUUUCAAAAUGAAUUUUGCAGCCGAUAAUAAUCCAGUUAUCUAAGAAUUGCUGAAAUAGUCUGGUACAACAACACUCUGCACACUUUAAUCUUUUUAAAGGUUAGGGGUUUUUUAAUGAAAUGUAGGUAAAAUGCUCCAAGGACAGAAGCCCAAUAUCAGACUCCUGUAUAAGGGUUCUGCAGAUGUCUGAAUCAUUGAGGAUGACAAGCAGUUUGAAUCAGGCAAGGAAUUCCUGGAAAUAAAAUAACUGAGCUUGCUCAAAAGUCUCAGCUAAUGCAUUUGCUUAUGUUUGCCAAUAUUUUUAUGACCUGGUAGCUUCAUUCACAUCUAUGUAGCAUAAUCAGACUGCUUUAUUAUAAAUGGCUUGUCAAUUCUGGGCAAAUUUGUAUGACUGAGAUGACAUGCUGGUCUUUGUUAUCAAUCACUUUCUUGCAAUAACAGAAUUUGACAUCACAAAUUAUGAAGUGAUAUUUUAAGCCAAGACUUCCACUUAAUUGUUCAGAAGGUGACACGAGAAGAAUUGUUGCCAUUGUUACUGUUUUUUAGCUAUCUGAUCAGGAUAUAUGCUGUACUGUUAACCAAUAUACCCAGAAAUGUGUAGUAUACACAAGUGCCAAGCUAGUCUUCAUCUGGUAUAUGUAGGAACUAACACACUGUCAAGCACUUGCACUCACAUGAGUGUUAAAUUUCUAAAUCUUUCAGGUACUGAAUAUUUGUUGCUUUGAUCUUUUCCUGGUGCUUUUUGGGACAAAAUAAUCAUUCACCUUCUAGAUAGCUAACUUCCAGUCCAUGUUCACACCCCAAAUUGAAUUGUAACAUUUUUCUUUUUUAUUUUGUUUACAGAUAGUUGUCUGCCUCACUGAUAUACCAUACAGUUUCAGUCAUCUGGAGCCCUAACACUGAAACAAAAGUUGCAUUUGUAGUUAAGGAUAAGGUUAAUGUCGACAGCCAUGUGUGCAUCUCGUUUAAAAGUGACACAAACUAGUGAAAUCAGUCUUCAAUCUAAGCAGUGACUAGCCAAAUUCCAAGAAAUAGCUUUGAAUAUGAAGGGUAUAGACAUGCAAAUAAAUUACCUCAGAUGCACCUGUGAGCAUCUCCUUUUUCAGGUGGUUAAUGCAAGGUGGCUUGCCCCUUGCUGAAAGUGGGAUUAGCUACCUCUAGUUUCCCCCAGGUCAGAGCAUGCGCAGGUUACUGUAGAGUAGCUAGCUCGCUUGUUCUGUAGUAACCUGCUGAAAUUUGACUGCAUAUUUUCCUAUAUGGAGACUGAGCUAUCUGGAACCCAAGCAUACUUUAGGGAUUCAAACAGACAUUUAAUAAGAAUCCAAAUAAGUCCAUUAUUGAAAAAUCUCUAAACACAGGUUGGCAAAGAAUUUUUUGUAGUGCCUGAAAUUUAAUUAAAUAUUCAACGCUCAGAACUUCCUGUAUCGCUACAUGAUACCAAAGAGCAGCUGCAGAAUAGUUAUUUAUUGUAAUACCGGACAGGUUUACUAAGUUCAUUUCUAUCAGUGUAUUUGGGAUGCUUUUUGUAUGCAUUUACUACACAGAUGCUGUAAUAUGUAAUAAAAUGCAGGUGAUAAUUAUAGUUCAUCUUAGAGCUGAUUGUUCAAACUGACAUUAGUUUAGACUAGACAGUGAUAUUGUGCAGUAUUACUUGAAUUUGUUUCUGUUGGUAAAGUGUGACCACAUUUACAAGAUUGUUUAAUAUUACUUGGUUUUCAAAAAAUUAGAUAUUUUGUUUUUCUAACAGAAACUAAGAAGAGUGCUUGGCACUUGUGCAGAUGUGUUGGGAACAAAGUAUUGGAAUCUCCUGCUUGUUGGCACCAAAGAAUUAAUGGUCACCUGCAGAUUUCCUACUGUUGCAGUUCAAUAAAGUGUUCAACAUUUCAUUGUUGACCACUUGUCCUCCUACAUCAGCUCCAGUUGGGUAUUCUGAGGAAAUUAAGGCUUGCCAUAGUAUUUUUAGGAUCAAUCCACAUCUGGUUCAGGAAGAUGCUAGUUGCCAAUUAAAAACUUGCCCCAAUUUUAAAUCAGUUGAUUAUGUAAACUAGAUAUCCCUACAGUUAUCUCUGAAGUUACUCCAGCUUGUGUAUUUGCCAGUGAAUGUCAUCUCCAUUGCACUGUAAUGGCAAAGUUCAGGUGUCUGCAGCCAUUUCACUUAUGUAGUUGUCUUUAUUGUGCUGCAUAAACUUGCAAUGAGUUGUAUUAAGUCUGUAUGAGGUUGAUUAUACAAUGAUAAAUAUGUAAUAAAUGAUACUUAUUGUAUUUUUUGUAUAUUGCAGGUAGGAAUAUUCCUAUGCACAAAGAAAACAUGUUGCCAUUUAUAGUUUCAUACUUGAAAUAAUUUUUUUAAUGGUUUUAUAAAGGAAGUAAAUAAUACAAAGACACAUCACUUUGCCUGAAGUUCCUUCAUAUUUUUAACUGUAGCUUAUAACCUCCCUGUACAUGUUGGGUUUUUUCCACCAAUGUAAUCUUAAACCAUUAUUACUGUUGAGUGUUUGCAUUCAGAAUUUUGUAAAUCAAGAUUCAGACUUUCAUUCUUAUUUUACCUGAAUUACAUUCAUGUUUAAGGCAAAACUUGCACCUUUUUAGGUCCUUUUUUCCCAAAGUGGUAAACUAUUACAUCAGCGAAUGCAAGAAUAACUUAAUAAAGAAUGUGAAAUAUU